AUGGGAGAACCGCCUCAGGAACAGUCUCCUUUCAUCUACGAAAGGCUAGACGACUCAUCCAGCGCCAUCCGCAUCAUCGAAGUCCUUCCAGCCUCGCUCGACGGCCACGUUCAGCUCACCAUGAGACUUAUUCACAUGCCCGCAAAAUACCGAUGUCUAUCCUACAUGUGGGGAGAUACGACCGAAGACCACGAGAUAUUAGUGAACGGCAGUCCAAUGCCCGUCCGCGAGAACCUCUACCGCUUCCUCCAAACGGCCCAGCAAAGAUACAGCCAACGGCCCUUCUGGAUUGACGCUAUUUGCAUAAACCAGAAGAAUCACAUCGAGAAGAAUCACCAAGUUCAGAUGAUGGGACGGAUCUACCAGGGCGCGGAAGAAGUGCUUGUAUGGCUCGGU